CACGUUUCCCACCACCUCAACCUAAAAACUUCUUACUCCCAUCUCCUCUCUUUUACUUCAAUUAUUCUACCAGACCAGUGUUCCGGUACAUUCUUCACAUUACUCUCUUUUUCUCUACUCCUUAUCUGCCUUUUCUCUCUCUCAGUCUCUCUUUCUCCCUAUGCCGUCAUCUUCAUCUCCGGCUGCCCAAUAUGUCUGAUCUGGAACACACCACUGAAGCACCAUGCUCAUCUUCACCCCCCUCAGCCCAAGCAUGGGACGCCACGCCGAUCAACUACGCCUUCCUGGUACACUCUCAGAAAACAUUGACCCAAAAUCUUCCUCCGCGGGUCGACAACAAAUUGCUUGCACGGCAAAAGCGGCGUCGGACGAGCCCGGAAGAUCACGCGAUCCUUGAGGCAGAGUAUCAACGGAACCCCAAACCAGAUAAGACGGCCCGAGCUAGUAUAGUCAGCCGCGUCUCAUUGGGCGAGAAGGAAGUGCAGAUCUGGUUCCAAAAUCGCCGUCAGAAUGACCGUCGAAAGUCCAAGCCUCUCCAACCACACGAGCUUCUCGCGCCUCGAUCAACCGCGUCUGACGCGUCGAAACAUGCCGCCAGUGACGAUAGCCUCUCAUCGGAACUAGUGCCCUCUAGCAGUCCUGAACACCCUGAAGAGAGUUCACAGGAUAAGGUCCCGUCAACACAGUCGUCGGAUAACUCCUGCGGGUCGGAUGAAGCACACGAAGACAAGGAUGGCCUGGAACAGCCGGCACUUAGCUCCCAAACGAGCUUGGCUACAACGGAAGCGCCAGAGGGGUCGCAGCCGGUGUCCGAUAAAACAAUUGCGGAGCCAGAGUCAACCCAAAUACAGGAAACCUCAACAAUGGACGAGUUGGAGCAAAAUAUGGUGAAAAGAAAACGAUCGGUUCCUGAGAUUCAGGGUGACAAGUCAUUUUUACAGGGUGUCUCGACACCAGGCACGUACCAGGAUAUCAAGUCACCACCCUCGCUGCGGAUAUCGCUCUCGUUCGACGGGGAAGCUAUGGUCCGGAAAGAAGGUGAAUACACGCCGUCGCCUCCCAAGGGACGCAAUGCCCUUCGGAUCGCGAUGUCGUCCGACGGGAAAGCUGUUAUCAGAGCUGACGGCGAGCCGUCCCCGUCCAAAAAUCGCAUAUCUAUGUUCUCGGCCCGCAAGCCUCGCUUCGCAGGACUCCGCAGGAGCAGCAGUGCGUUGACUUUCAGCACCCCUCGAGCUGGGAGCACGGAAGUUGAGAGGAUGUUUGGAAGAUCGCGAGACCCCAGGAACUGGGAAGCGUUUUUCGAUACAGAUGCGAGAAGUGCCCUUUCGACUCCAAUGAGCUCACAAAGUGCGCCAGGCUCUGGCUCUCCUGGACUUUUCCAGUCCCGAGGUCAGCGUUCAUUGACCCGAAGCUUGUCAGCAAAGCACACCAAUUCCUUGCCGUCGAACUCUGCAGAGUAUCUCAAUACCCCUGUCCCGAAAUCAAAUAGCGAGAAGAGACGGAAAAUCUCUCGCACUGUCUCUUCUCUGGGCCGGUUGGAGUCUGAUAAUAGAAUUCCUUAUUCGGGAUCCAAUCUGAAGGAUUUUAUGGAAGCGACGAAAGACGGAAAUGAAGACUUCCAGUGCGGCGAUUCAGAUAAAGAGAACUGGAUACCAGGGACGAGGGUAUCUCACAUUCGUCGACGGGCUGCUUCUCAUCAUAACGCUCGACGUUCAGUGCUCAAGGACACCAGCGGAAGAGACGGCAAAGCCAACAAGAACUACAACUCGACUGGCAGAUAUGCCCGAGGGCCUCACCAAAUGCAACAGAGAGCGAACGCGGCCGUCGGCAAGGACGUGUCUGAAUUGGACGCAGAGGUGUCUGCUUUCAUGAGUGGUGGCGGCGGCGCUAGUCAGGAAGAGGAUCUUGACUGCAUUCAGGGACUAUUGUCCCUCAGCCAAGGCGCUUGGAGAUGAAGACUAUGGUCUUGUCAUCUCUAUAAUGACCCACCUUUCUUAUGUCUUCCUGUUUCCUUUGUUUCGUAUUCCUCUUCGCCUGAGUAGAUUAUGUUGGUAAUUACAACCUAGUAAGCGGUGUUUGCCUGUAUGAUUCGGAGUGAUGGCCGACUUGUGAUGAUUGAAUUGUGGACUGUCCAAGACGAUUGCAAUCAUGGGCUCUUUUUGUUUGGCGAUGACAACCCUGUCCUAAUGGACCACGAUAUCCAGUGCUAUUAUCAGCCUAAUACCAUCGAAAUAACCAAAUCAUAUGAUAAAGAAUGCUCUCGGCUUGGUGAUAGGCCAUAGAUUUAGGCAUAGCGUGCGGGGACUGAUAAGCCUAAGGGCCAUCUGCAUGAUUGCCAUCCAUCAUUUGGUCAGCUGAAGGGAU